AACAAACUAAAAUACCGCCUUGCAUCCUCUUUAUACAAUUAUUUUUGUUGCUAAGGAUACAGUUAUUAUUUUCUGUAUUUUUCUUUUUUAAUUUCAGUUCUCUUACCAUAUUUUUUGUAGGAAUUACCCGAAUCGAAUGAUUGGGAUAAACAUUCGACCAGCAGUUUGAGUCAAGUUUCAGUUGCAUGUCUACAAGAUAGGAUCAUGCAAAUGGAAGAAACACAUCAUAGUACCAACGAAGAACUCCAAGCCACUCUUCAAGAGUUAGCGGAUCUCCAGACUCAGCUCACGGAACUACAGACUGAUAAUGAAAGACUUGGUGAGGAAAAAGGUGUCUUACUGGAAAGUCUAUGUCGUCAAACUGAAAGAUUGGAAGAUGCUCGUACCAAAGUCGAUACUCUACAGGGACUUCUCCUUGACAGUUCUCCUGGUUGUCCAGCCAGUAACUCAGAACGAGAACAAAAACUUGUGGAAUUGCUAAAGAGCGGACAAGACGAAAGAGAAACACUAUUGCUGAAGCAGGAGGAACUAUCCAACGAGCUGAGUGAACAAAGACGAACGUGUGAAGCGCUGCGCCAAGAAGCUAGUCGACUGACUGAGCGCGUGGAACUUCUCGAAUCAACUAUCGAUGCCACUCACGCCGAACGAAAUCAGCUCGACUUACAGUUGGCGCAAGCUAAAGAGGAAAGUUCAUCGCGGCAGAUUGAAAUCAGCCGGCUGAACACAUUGCUCGAGAAUGCUCGAGCCAAGAUUGAGGAGCUGGAAGCUUCCAGAGACAAAUUACAUGAUAGGUCCGAGAUGGAUGAACUGCUGCAUAAUGCCAGAAAAGAAAAGGAUGUUCUUGAGGGACAGGCGGCUUCUCUGCAGGAACAGCUGUCCAGGAGUCGAUGUGAGGUCGCCAGACUUAAGGAGCAAAUAUCUGUUCUGCAGGAGGAGUGCAAGGUGACAAGGAAUAAUGCAAAAUCGGCCCUAAGUGACUUGGAGUACGAGUGCCAGAGAAGUCGAGAAGAAUGCGCUCGAUUGGCUAGUGAUCUUCAAGCAUUACAGGAAACUAGUUGCGAGCUACAGGUUCAAACGCAAUGCCACCUAGAUGACAAACGUCAGCUGCAGUCGGUACUGACCGAAACUCAAAAGCACCUCGGCGAAUGUGCUAGAACUCUGGCUAGCACUGAGAAGCAAUUAGCUGAUGAGAAACGCCUUAGAAAUCGAGAGAACGAAGAAUGGGAACAAUUCCAAUCGGAUUUGCUGAUGACUGUUAGAGUAGCAAAUGAGUUCAAGACUGAAGCGCAGCAUGAGUUGGAGAAACUUGUAUUGGAAAACAAAUUAUUAAGGGAUAAUAUCAGAAAUUUGGAUGCUCAAAUUGAAAAAUUGAAGCAAGCUGCUGAAAAGCAGGAAAUGGUCAUGCCGGAAAAUAAUAGUACCAACGGACCUUGUGUCCAAGAAAUGUGCCGAAGGCAUAAAAUAUCUCGUCAAGAAAGAGAUAGUCGCUUGUCCGUCAAGUCCCUUAUUGAAAGUAUUGAAAACGCUACGAAACAAGCCAAAACAGGUCCAGGAGUCAGCAGAAGUAGCUCAACGUCUAGCCUCAAUAGUAUUGCUAGCUUAACUGGCCUGGCAGUCAACCAGGCUAUUAGCUCAUGCCAGCAGCCUGUUUCUAGUCCAACGUCUCCCAUUCGUGAGGGAGACAUGAAAGCCCUCCUACCCUUACGCGACAGAGACCAGCAAUUGACAACCAACAAACAGCCGUUGAAAUGGACAUUGCUAUCAGAUCCGCUUGAACCUGUCAAAGGUAACAACAAGGUAGCAACCAUUUCAGAAGACACCACUUCAUCAAUCCUCAAUUCUCGGAGUAUUGAAUUUGCGCGAAAGAACAGCUCAGGGGAUCUUUGCGAAAGAAAAGAUCCACUAUCGGCGCUAUCUAAGAAUGGCGGAUCGAAACGAAAUGCCCUGCUCAAAUGGUGUCAGAAUAAAACCCUGGGCUACAAGGGCAUCGACAUCACGAACUUCAGCAGUUCGUGGAAUGAUGGCUUGGCUCUUUGUGCUAUUCUACAUUCCUAUCUUCCAGACAGGGUUCCUUACGAAACUCUUUCUCCUAGCGAAAAGCGGAGGAACUUCACAAUUGCGUUUGCUGCUGCUGAAUCAGUCGGCAUUCCUACAGCGCUGAGUAUGACGGACAUGAUACUCCAAGAGCGGCCGGACUGGCAACAGGUGAUGGCUUACGUCACCAAUAUCUACAAACAUUUCGAAACUUAAGCGGUACUAUAGUCUAAGCUAUAUUAUUAUUUGUUGUCAAUUUAGUUUUUAAGUAUGUCUCAUUGAUCAAUAUCCUCAGUCAAUUCGUAGCUUCUUGUUGAUGGAAUUGUGCUCAUUUUAUGUACUUAUUUGCUCCAGUAAUUAUUUGCACCUACUUUCAAUUAUCAUAGAUACCUUGACAUAGGAAAGAGUGACAAUAAGACCCAUCUUGGGUACCUGAGAUUGGAAAUGUUAGAUUGAAGCCUGAUCUCAACAACAUUUUUAUUCUAUUUUAGUUUUGGUUUCUUUAUUUACUCAUUCAGCAUUGAUUCUAUUAUUCAUCCGUAUAAUCAUAACUAUUUUGGAAUAUGCAAUGGAUAAUGACUUGCUGAAAAUAUUCAUAAGAGCGUAAGCUAUCACGAAAAUUAACUGCCACUCGUAAUUCCUUGUUAAUGUUUCAAGUAUCAUUUUGAUUGAAGAUGGUAAAGCUGGCUCCGUUAUACUGCAAAAUGUAGUAAUGGGUUGAAUGUGUAAUUCUUCAGACCAUUGAUCCCAAAGGUAUAAGCAGCACAUUCGCAAUUUCAGAGGUAAUGAGAUACAACAGGGUUCCAUUCCUCAUUCAUUCAAUCAUUUUUUCAUCCAGCAUUGUUUCGUUUCCAGCAUUUUGUAAUUAUUCAUAAUCCAUAAUAUCAAUUCAUAUUUCAUAAUAUCAUAAUCAUCUUGGAGUAUGCAACGAUUAACGACUUGCAAAAAAUAUUCAUAAGAACAUAAGAUUUCUUGAACAUUAACUGCAACUCGUAAUGGUUCGAGUGUCAUUUUUUCAUUUUUGAUACGUUAGGCCCCUACUAUACGGGUGUCUAAUUGACUUCAGGGUCCCAUUCUACAUUCAUUUUUUCAGCAUUUUUUCGUUACCAGCAUUUUGAAAUUAUUCAUAAUCCAUCAUAUCAAUUAAUAUUUCACUCGGUCCCCCGAUAUCUAUUCAUAAUCCAUAUUUCAUAAAUUCAUAAUCAUCUUGGAAUAAGCAAUGUAUAAUGACUUGCAGAAAUUAUCCUUAAGAACGUAAGGUCUGUUAAAAAUUAACUGCAACUCAUAAUUCUUUGUUAAUGUCUCGAGUGACAUUAGUUUAAUAAUUAUAAAGUUGAUUUUCGGUAUAAUAAUUUCGAUGCUCUGUGGAACUAUACAGGAGUCCGUUUUAUUAUAGUAUGUGGUGGAGCUACCCUUACACUUAAUUUCAUGAAAACUUGUAUUUUACUUAAGAUUAAGUUGUUAUAUUGAAACUUAUCCUACAAUUUUAGUUUUUAAGAAAGAUGAAGUAACAAUUCUAAUGAAAUUAGAAUUCAUUUCUGUGGCAGCUGUGGCAUUUCUGUGGAAUUUUUUCUAGCGUAUUGCGCAACCUUAACAGUAUUCGAUAACAUUUCAUAAUCGAUAUUAUCAUAAUUUCAUAAAUGGUAAUAAAUGAAGAAAAGCUUUCUACUGAUGAUAAUUUUCAAAGUUUUUCUAUUUGUAUACUAUCAAGCUAUCAAAAUAGAAAAGUUUUCUCAGGAAAAAUUUCUUUCCAAUAAAUUACUUUUUGAGAUACACAUGCCUAAAGUUAAAAUUUCGGGACAGAUCAUUUAAAAUUUGGUAAGUAAUAAAUUUAUGAAAUUAUAAGGAUCAGUACUUCAUGGUUUUUUUAUUGAAUAAAACAAGAAAUUCCUGAAAAGUCUUUUUUUUGAGGAAACUAUUCUAUUUAUAAUCAAGCGCCCAAAAUCAAAUCAGUUGAAGCUUUCUCAAAAAUUAAUAUUUUCAGGUAAUUUUCGUUUUAUUCAAUCAAAAUUACCAUGAAGAAUUAAUUCCCAAUAAUAAUUAGUUCCCAAAAUCAAAUCAGUCAAAGCUUUCUCAAAAAUUGAUAUUUUCAGGAAAUUCUCGUUUUAUUCAAUCAACAUUACCAUAAAGAAUAAAAUUUAUACUCAAAAUAUCAUGAAUCUCUUACCGAAUUUGAAAUGAUCUGCCCCAAAAAUUCAAAUUCUGGGCGAUCUUAUCUCAAAAAGACUUUAAUUUUUUCCUAAGAAACCUUUCUUAUUUUGAUGUCUUGAUAGUAUACUAACAUUAUUGAAAAAUCAUAAAUCCAUAAUAUCAUAAAUACAUAUUUCACUGUCCCCCGAUAUUUAUUCAUAAUCCAUAUUUCAUAAAUUCAUAAUCAUCUUGGAAUAUGCAAUGGAUAAUGACUUGCAGAAAUUAUCCAUAAGAACGUAAGGUCUGUUGAAAAUUAACUGCAACUCAUAAUUCUUUGUUAAUGUCUCGAGUGUCAGAGGUAAUAAAAUACUUCCGGGUCCAAUUCAACAUUCAGUCAAUCAUUUAUUCCAUUCAGCAUUUUUUCGUUAACAGCAUUUCCUUAAUGAAAGCGUAAUGAACAUAAUAUUGAAAGAAUUUUGUAAUUAUUCAUAAUCCAUAUCAUCAAUUCAUAUUCCAUAAAUUCAUAAUCAACUUGUAAUAUGCAAAGAUUAACGACUUGCAAAAAUUAUUCAUAAGAACGUAAGCUCUCGAGAGCAUUAACUGCAACUCGUAAUUCUUUGUUAGUGUUUCAAGUGUCAUUUUUCCAUUUUUGAUAGGUUAGGCCCCAACUAUACGGGCGUCUGACACGCUGAUCUCAUUUUCUUCGUUUCCAGAAUGCAUGGCGUCUUAUGUAUAUUUUGCUGGUAUGGUUACCACAUAAGUGACGAUGCAUCCCGCUAACAUUCAGUGCGUUUUUGAUACACAAAUUGUAAAGUUGAUUUUCAGUUUAAUAAUUUCGAUUCUCUGUGGAACUAUACAGAACUCCGUCUUAUUAUAGUAUGUGGUGGAGCUACCCUUAUACUUAAUUUCAUGGAAACUUGUAUUUUUCUUAAAAUCAAAUUGUUGUAUUGAAACUCAUCCUAAAAUUUUAGUUUUUAAGAAUUAAUUAGAUAUAGAAAUUUUCUGAGAUACAAGAAAUAUGGAGAAACAAUUUGAAUUGAACUUGUAAUAUUGCUCAUUCCUCAUUUAUUUAGUGUUUUUUCAUUCAGCAUGGUUAACAGCAUUUCCAUAAUGAACAGAAUAGUGAAAGAAUUCUAUAAUGUUUCAUAAUCCAUAAUAUUAAUUCAUAUUUCAUAAAUUCAUAAUCAUCUUGGAAUAUGCAACUGAUAACGAUUUCUGGUAUAAUAAUUUCGAUGCUCUGUGGAACUAUACAGGAUUCCGUCUUAUUAUGGUAUGUGGUGGGGAUACCCUUAACAUUUAUUUGUUGGAAACUCGUAUUUUUCUGAAGGCUUCAGGAAUGAAGAACCACAUUUUGUUCAUUUUUUUACUCGUGGUUUUGGGGCGGUAUUGCAGCCAGAGUGUGUAUCAUACUCCACUUCUCAUUGCUUCAAUAGCAUCUUCAUAUUUCAUAUUUAUUUUUCGCAUAUUCAUUUUUCAUAUUUUGUUAUUUUCGCAUCUCAGAUCCCACAUAUGAAUUUUUCAUUUUAUUGUUCUUUUUUCUGUUUAAUUUAUCAUAUUCAUAGGUGCAAUGUAAUCUUAAUUUUUCUCUGUUUAUUAUUUCUGGAGCAAAUAAACAUAGCGCAAACGAUCCAUCCUCAAAUCAACCAUAAUGGAAGCAAUAUAAUUGUAAUAUGUUAGGUUUAUCAAAAUAGUUAUACUUAUUAAUUUGUAUGUACUGUGUAUCAAUUUGAAAUUUUUUAAUACUGUCCCGUUGGCAGUUCAUUAUUUUCGUCAUUGUCAUGCAAAUGAACAAAAUAGAUUUUCUAAUUUGUAUGUACUUUUAUACUUAACUUAACUUUCAUACUUAACUUCCAAAUACUGUCCCAUGCCCAGUUCAAAAUGUCUCAUUUUCGUUCAAACUGAAAUAUUUGAAAUUCAGUGAUUUAUUUUUCAAACAAUGUUCCUAUAAAUCUCAUUCAAAUGCACGGUUAAAAUUUUCAUGUAAAUUUGAAUAUUUUAAGCUCAGUGAUGUAUUUUUCUAUUAGUCUCAUUCCAAAUAAUAUUAGUUAAGGAGCUGUUUUAAAACGAAUAAAAAUUUAAUUAAUUUGUUGUUGAUUAUUAGCUGUGCUUCUAUACAAUAUGCGUUUCUGUAGUUGUAGAGGUUUCAGGAUUUUCUUUUGAAAUGAUAAUCAACCCAUUCAUGUUAGAUUUAAUUUAUUUCUAUGGAGUUACAGCGUUUUGAUUGGUAUAUCUAUUACCUUUUUAUUCUUUUUGAAUACAUGAACAUUUUCAGCUAAUUAUGCCAUUCUGAAACGUCAAAAUGGUUAUGGUAUCAUGGAUAUUGAUAAUAUUCAUUUCGACACUUGACACAAUUAAUCAUGAAAUUCUCAAGUGGACAAUGGGCACUAAUUAUUCUUGUUGGAUUUUUUAUUUUUUGAAGUAGUUAUUUUUUAUUAAAAUUUUCAAUUCAUUAAUGCAUUGAAUAAUAUGAACUAUUCACAGGCCUACUAUAUUAAGACUGAGUUUUGUACUUUUACUUCCAACUUGUAUAUUCAUGGUUUAAAAAUGUUAUUAUAUCUUGACUGAUUUAUUCAUUAAAAAAACAUUUUGUAAGAACUGUU